GUUCCUUCUUACCUGAAGUGCUGAAGUGUCGGAUGGAUACUCGGGGCUCGGGACAUACUUAAAUACAUUAAGUACCAGUACUCUGUUCAAUCUCGGAUUAGUCGGAUUAUUCCGCAUCGGAUGUCGAUGACGUCAUUGUGUUAGUUUAGUAAUACUCAAAUAUGUCGUACUGGCUGUUAUUAUAGUACUUAGUACAUAGUAAGAGUACAUACUAUACUAACUAGGCUGACUGCCAGCGUAUAAUAACAGUACUAACACUGCCAGUAUACUGCCUGUAUCUACAGGUAUACUACAACAAUUUUUAAAUUAGUGCCAGAUCGUCAACUCCAGCCACAGGAAUUAAUAAGCAGACAUUACUUAAGAGUUGAAUUUUAAUUGAAUUGGUUGCUUCAGAGUGUGUAGUGUGUGUAUCAGAGUGCCAGCUGCCAGCUAAGCGUAUAUUUAUUUUGUCACAAAUACACACCUAUACUAAUAUCCAACAUCAUACAUGCACGAGUAUAGCAGAUAGAUUGCGUGGGUACGUGCAUGACUACGUGGUCGUCGACGUGGUCGUCGUGUACAAGAAUUAUCUGGCAGAAGUGCGUUAGUACUCGAGCAAUUCGUUACAGUACGAGUCAUCCUGGGAUUGACUCUGGAUGGAUAAUACAUCACUGGCUGCUGGAUAGCAUUGGAUUUGACAUCGUAUAGCACAUGAGAGAAAGAGAGGGUGAGAUCUUCUAAGAGAGAGAGGAGUGGCUUCGAAAGACGCCGGCUGCUGCUCAUCUGCAUGCUGUAUUAUUACAUAGUAUCCACAGGUACAAUUAUCGAGCAGUAGGUAUACCUGUGCCACGAGUACAUCACCCUCUUCUGGAAGAAUAGAACGUCGUCGGUCGGUACGUCGUGGUUUUGUACUACUACUUGGUGAGCGUGUACUCACUAUUGUACCAAGAGCCCAGAGUGUUUCAUCUAGACUCUGCAGAAGCGUGAACCAUGUCGUCGUCGGGCGACUUCGGCAACCCGCUCAGGAAGUUCAAACUCGUCUUUCUGGGUGAACAGAGCGUUGGCAAGACAUCACUCAUCACGCGGUUCAUGUAUGACAGUUUUGACAACACCUACCAGGCUACAAUAGGUAUAGAUUUUUUAAGUAAAACCAUGUACUUAGAAGAUAGAACUGUGAGACUGCAACUGUGGGAUACAGCUGGACAGGAGCGCUUUCGCUCACUGAUUCCAAGCUACAUCAGAGACUCGACUGUUGCUGUUGUUGUCUACGACAUUACCAAUGCAAACUCAUUUCAUCAAACAUCAAAAUGGAUCGAUGAUGUCAGGACAGAAAGAGGAAGCGAUGUAAUCAUCAUGCUUGUUGGUAAUAAAACAGAUCUCAGUGAUAAGCGCCAGGUAUCUACCGAAGAAGGAGAAAGGAAGGCUAAGGAAUUGAAUGUUAUGUUUAUUGAAACCAGUGCUAAGGCCGGAUAUAAUGUCAAACAGCUAUUCAGAAGAGUAGCAGCUGCUCUGCCAGGUAUGGAUUCUACCGAGAACAAGCCACCAGAAGACAUGCAAGAAGUAGUAUUAAAGGAUACACCGAUCGAACUCAGUUCCUCAGAAAGCAGUUGUGCAUGUUAGACCGACAUUGGCUGUUUGCGUUUGAAUGCGCGAGUCACUCAACAUACAAAUUAUUUAAUUAACAGACUAAAAAAUAACUGUGUUAUCAUAAAAAUUCAAGGGUUGAAUGCACUAAUUGCCAAAACAUUCAAACAAUCAAUGAUCGAUCAAUCAAAUACACCAUUAGUUUUGAUAUCUUUAAGUCGAACGUUUUUCCAAAUGUAAGUUUAAUCGGUCAUUGAUUGAUUGAGUAAAUUAUGUUGAAGAUGAUUUUUAAAAACUAAGUCUCACGAGAAUGCGGUACAUUUGUAGCAAUAAAUUAAAAAAAAGGUGCAUUUAUUAUUAGAUGUGAUCACUUAUAAUUUUGAAGUGAUUUAAUGUCACAAGUCAUCCCAGUUAUUUUUCAAUCGACUAUUUAAUUAUUAUUAUAGGUUAUUUAAAUUUUUAGUAUGUCAAAGAUAUGCUAAAAAUAAAAUAUGCUACAACGAUGUGUAUAAUUGAAAGUACGGAUGUGCAUUGUGAUUAUAUUUGUAUGCAAUAUUUUUAAAUUGGGAAAAACUAAAAUUUUUUAGCUUUUUGAUUUAUUUAAUUUUAAUA